GGGGGCAGAGUUGUGUAAUAUUGGUUAGUGUAGAAAAUAGUAUUUUAAUUUUAGAGCCACUUCCGAUAUCUGUGUACAUACUUUGCGUAUAACACAGCACAUUUGCGUAGGUCCUCAGUCCUAUUGCUCCUGGCGUGCUUCGCCUUCUCAAAAACGUGAUACAAAUUCUAAGGACAAAGUAAAGCUGCCUAGUUGCAUCUUUAGAAAUUCAUUCAGAUACUGUUACUCCUUGGACCCUGGAUGGGAACCUUUUCUAAAAUUGAUGUCUGCUAAGCUUCUGACAGCUGACCCUUCCACACUUCUGUGUGUCAAUACUGAAAUUUGUUCAUCAUGAGGCUGGCAGGUCCUCUGCGGGUAGUAGUAGUCGUAUGCCUUGUAGGUCUCACAUGGCUCUUGGCCCACAUGCUUCUUGGAGGGGAAAACAGCCUUGUGGUUGUGCGACAUCUCUUUCACGGAUCUCAUGAGGUGACAACUGUAGCGCCAAAGCCACGUAAGUAUAAAUGUGGCCUUUCGGCACCCUGUCCAGCAAAGCACCUUGCUUUCCGCCUGACAUCUGGGGCAGCAAAUGUCAUCGGUCCCAAGAUCUGCCUUGAGGAUAAGAUACUCGUAAGCAGCGUGAAGAACAAUGUCGGCCGAGGACUGAACAUUGCUCUUGUCAAUGGUGUGACAGGGGAGUUAUUGGAAGUCAAAUCAUUUGACAUGUGGGCUGGAGAUAUAGCUGAUCUGCUGAAGUUCCUGCGGCCGCUCCACGAGGGAACCCUGGUGUUUGUUGCUUCCUUUGAUGACCCUGCUUCCAAGCUGAACGAUGAAGCCCGUCGACUCCUUGAGGAGCUUGGGAGUACUGCUGCUAAGGAGCUGGGCUUUAGAGACAGCUGGGUAUUUGUGGGAGCCAAGGGCAUCGAGAACAAGAGCCCCUUUGAGCAGCGGAUGAAGAACAGCAAAAGCACCAACAAGUAUGAAGGAUGGCCUGAAUCCCUGGAAAUGGAUGGCUGUGUCCCUUUAAGAGUUUCUCAAGAGAGCUAGACUCAGGGAGCCUUGUUUCAUAUCAAUGUAGAGAAUCCAGUUUCAACAUACACCUCCAUUGUUUUUAUCUUAAGUCAUGUAUUGUAACCUGCAUCGAUGACUAUAUAUUGGGUAUAUUAAAACAUCUGGGCAAAUGUUGCAGUUUGGUUAUUAUAUAGGAUACUUUUGUUAUUAUUUUUAGAAUCUUAAAUAUUGCUGUCUAGUUAGACCAAGCAAGUGUGUGUUUGUUGUAUUUCACUGAUACAAAAUGUUAAAUUUUGCAGCCUUUACUUUGUGGAAGAUAACUUUGUACUGCAUGUUUUUGUAAAAAUGCUCAAAUUAGUAAUGUGAGUUGGAGUAAUUUCCAGACAGAUCCAAGUGUCUUUGAUACCAACAAUAACAUAUGUUCUGUACAUUACUUCACAGAGCAAAUGAACAUUAUUCAAUUCUAGGAAAAGCUGCCGAAAUUACACAUUCCUCUUUUAAACAUCCAUACUGUAGAUUACACAUUUUAGAUCAACCUUUUGGUGCAUACACCGAACAGAAGUGCACAGAUAAACUGAUACUUAAUAUAUUAAAUCAAUGCUGAUGCUUUUUAUUUCAUUUUCAGUGAGAUACUGUUACAAUAUGUGAUUUUUCAAGAUAAAUCGGAGGGUAGCAUUUUGCCCUGGAUUCAUUCUUCUCAAUAUCAUAAUGGCCAGAUUUAGAUUUUGCAUUUUUUCAAAAAAAACAAACAAACAAAAAUACUAUGGAUAAACUGUAGAGAUAUUUCCUAAUGACUCUGGUACUGUAUCUAGGCUGUGACCCAGCCUGGAAAGCUGAAUGGAUACAUUUGUUAAUAGAGACUGUUUAAAUGUUUUCUUAAAUAAAUAUGAUUGUUACUUUUA